UUCAUAUCAUUUUUAGUCCAAUAAAUUGUCACUUACUGUAGGCUAGACUUUUUUCUCUUGUUUUCUGAUACAUGAAAAGAGAAGUAGCCAUUAAUAAAAGAUCUUUGUCAUCCUCAGCGCUUCUACUUCAGUGGGGCGUCCUUUUAGCUUACCACCCAGAAAGAGGAAGAGGAGUUUUUCUUACUCUGAUCAUCUUCAGACUUCUCAGUCUGCUCAGACCCUCACAGACGUAUCAGUUAGCAUUUCUUUUCAUCAGAUUAUCUGCAUCUCUAGCCAUCAACAUCACCUGCACCAUGACGAUGUUCAGCGUGUCUGCCCUCAUUCUUGCCACGAUGAUUCUGACCAGCACUGUUGCUGAGAAUCAACUGGUGAAGAGGGCGUCUUGCUCUCAUGGGUGGGCUCAGUACAAUGGUCGCUGUUUCCGCUACAUUAGUACACCCCUGAGUUGGGUAAUGGCUGAGAAAAACUGCCACUUGAUGGGGGCGAACCUUGCAUCAGUUCGAGACUUCGCGGAAUACCAGAUGAUCCAGAAAGUGAUACAGGCUGCAACUUCUAAAAACCCAGAAACAUGGAUAGGGGGCUCUGAUGCUCAACAGGAGACGCAUUGGCUCUGGAGUGAUGGCACACCUUUCGUCUACACAAACUGGUGUUGUGGAGAGCCAAAUAACUCUGGUGGAAAGCAGCACUGCGUCGUCAUGAAUUAUUCAGCUAAGAGCUGCUGGGAUGACCUUUACUGCAACUUCGUCCGCCCAUUUGUCUGUGUCAAGAAAAUGUGAUGCAUAACUAUGUCAGAAUCUCUAUAUCUCAUUCUGCUGCACUAUGCUGUUUGGCAACUAAAGGGAUGAAGCGACAAGUAACAUAAAUAAGAGGUGGUUUGUCUGUAACUUUAAUAAGACUGAAGGUCGUUUUAAGGAAUGCUUUUUGCACAGCUUUUUUCUGUUAAGUGAAGAAUAAAU